CAGCACCGCUGUGGCAUCGUACGACGAAUUGAUGGCCGCAUUGAGGGGAGGACGUCAUUUGUCGAUCACAGCAACCGCUACUGCUUGUGAGCAUCCCCUGCCCCCCGAGGUCGCAGUCGCAGAGGGGGGAUCCAGUUACUACCAGUACUACGUCCUCCCUGAUGGGGCAGGAGGGGAGAUGAUUAUCAUGGAAUGGCCUAGCUUGUUCCUCAGCGUGGUGGAGGAUCAGACGGUCUACUCUGUGGCCAGGGUCUUCAUUUUUGAGGAUGAAUCCGUGGUUUUUACUUCAAAUGCCUUUAAUGCUCUCACAUGGGAGGAUGAAUAUCCUUAUCCUGAAGGAUUCCAGUGCAUCCUUGGAGAUUCCUUCAACUUCAUCUACGCCUCAGAUAAGAGGAACCCCUUCAAGGAGUUCUCAUGUUCCAGUCAAUCCUACCAUCGAACAUAUUGUCUUUCUCGCCCGGAUGAGGUUAGCAGGAGAGAGUUGCUCCUGGACUCAUUGAACAAGGGGAACCCUCCUCUCUCCACUCUGAUGCUAGAAUUCAUCGAUCAAAGUUUGUAUUCAAUUGGAGAGUAUCCUAUUGUGAAGAGGAAGCUUACCCAAGCCAAGUAUCCAGAAGAGAAGUUGAAGAUUGAGGAUGAACGUGCACUAUCUGAAAUAGUCAGCAUCAUCCCAAAGGAUGACAUUCAUAGCUUCCCAAUGUACGAGGGUAUACUCGGGGUGAGAAGUCUUGAAGAUGAUCUUGACGAACUCGAGUCGGUGGAUUUCGAACAAAGAAGUCUCGAAGAGAGACUCCUCGAGGAAUUGACGGAUUUCCAGUUGCAUCUACCAGGUAUGAGGAGGAGAGGCAGGGACCUGGAAGGCCUGGAAGGCCUGGACCUCCUGGACGGAGACCGACUGGAACGCCAAGACCAAGACCGACGGGAACUCCUAGAUCGAGAUCAUCGCGACCGACGGGAACUCCCAGACCGAGACCAUCGAAACCAUCGCGACCGACGGGAACUCCCAGACCGAGACCAUCGAGACGACCGAGGCCUUGAGUAA